AUCGGGCGGAGCGGGGCUGGUCCGGAGGGACGAUGAUUAGCCGGGUGAAGGCAGUGGUCUCUCAGCUGGUAGGGGGCUCCGGAGCCGCGGACUCUAGCCCCCAGUUGGAGUACUGCCGCCCGGUAUUCCUGCAGCUGAGCCCCGAGGAGAGGGAGCGAGCGGCCGAUCACAGCUGCAGGAACAUCGUUAGCCCCGGGCUAGGGAGCUCCAGGAGGCGGCUGCUACUGCCCUGGGACACGGGAUACGCCGAGGUAAUUAACGCCGGGAAAAGUGUCUUCAAUGAAGAUCAAGCUGCCCGAGAAAUAGUGUGGGUGGAGAGGAGGAACAACAGAGCAGCCGGCGAGGUGGUCAAAGGUGGUGAGAAUGUGGACAAAGAGAGGCACGGACUUGAAUUCCAUUACUGGGCGCUGUUUGAUGGGCAUGCAGGAACAGCGGCUGCUGUGAUGGCCGCCAGGCUUCUUCACCUUCACAUCAGCGAGCAGCUGCAAGACCUUGUUGACAUCCUGCAAGAUGGUGAAGUGCCACCCCCCAUCUGCCUCACCAGCCACGGAAUGGGCAAUGGUGUGCAUGAGGGGGACUGGGAACCCCCCACUGACAGCGAGUCCCGCUUCCUGCUGGAGAAGGAAAUAUCGCACGAGCACCUGAUCAUUGGCGCGAUUGAGAAUGCCUUUCGACAGAUGGAUCAGCAGAUAGAGAGAGAACAGAAAGCACACGGCACGCUGGGCGGUUGCUGUGCUUUGGCCGUCGUGUAUUUGCUGGGAAAAAUCUACGUUGCCAAUGCAGGUGACAGCAGAGCCAUCCUAAUCCGCAAUGGUGAAAUUAUCCCACUCUCCAAUGAGUUCACCCCGGAAUCGGAACGACAGAGACUGCAGUAUUUAGCAUAUUUACAGCCGGAUCUCCUUGGAAACGAGUUCACACAUUUGGAAUUUCCCCGGAGAAUUCAACACCGUGAGGUUGGACGCAGGAUGUUGUUUCGGGAUUACAGCAUGACAGGCUGGGCAUACAAGACCAUAGAGGAAGAUGAUCUGAAGUUCCCUUUGGUGUAUGGUGAGGGUAAAAAGGCCCGCGUCAUGGCGACUAUAGGGGUGACUCGAGGGCUGGGUGACCACAAUCUGAAGGUGCAUUGCUCCAACAUCCACAUAAAACCGUUCCUGUCCUGCAUCCCAGAGGUGAAAGUGUACGAUGUUGCGAAGUAUGAGCAUGGGGUGGAUGAUGUGAUUGUGCUGGGUACAGACGGACUCUGGGAUGUGAUCUCCAACCGGGAGGUAGCUGAUGCGGUCAUUCGCGUCCUCUCCAGCUGCGACACCGACGAUCCAGACAGAUGGAAGUGGUCAUGGGUUUGGAAGAUGCUGUCUGAGGAUCUUUGGUGAACUUCUGCAGUGCAUCGUGUAGAUAGUACACACUGCUGCUACUGAGCGUCGGUGAUGGAGGGAGUGGAUGUUUGUGGAUGUGGUACCAAUCAAACGGGCUGCUUUGUCCUGGAUGCUGUCCAAGCUUCUUGAGUGUUGUUGGGGCUGCACCCAUCCAGGCAAGUGGGGAGUAUUCCAUCACACUGGGAAAGAAUUGACAGAUGUCCAUUUGUCUACUACCUUUCAUAACCUCAACACAUCCUGGCCAAGGAAGGUUCAGAAUUGCAGUCACUGUUUAAGGAAACAUGGCAGCUGAUCUGUACACAGCAAGAUCCCACAAGUUGAGGUGACUUUCUGGCCAGAUUAUCUUUGUGAUGGUACCUUGCUGUUAUUGACAGCGACACGAAUAUUGACUCCAGGAUGCCAGGGAAAUCUCCCCAUUCUGCUUCCCAUAUUGCUGUGGAUUUGUUGACAUCCUGCUGGGAGGAGAGGCAGGGCCACGGUUCGGUGUUUUACCUAAACAACGAGACUGCUUCCCCUGUCCUCCUGGACAAUUAAAUUGUCACUUGGUUUUCGUUGAUGAGUCUGAUGUCCAUCCACUACUCUGUUUUGUAUUGAGGAAUGGGAAGAAGUUUUCUCAGAAAUGGCCUUGUGGUCUGACCUCAGAACUUAGCCGUUUUAAUGUUCUGAGAUAACAAAAUGUA